UCCCCCCGGGGCUGAGAUGUUGGGGCCCGGCCGCUGGGCGCCCCUGCUCCUGUGCCUGCUGCGGGCCACCGCAGGCAGUCCCCAUCUAGCCCCUCCCCGGAACGUCACCCUGUUCUCCCAGGACUUCGGUGUGUACCUGACGUGGCUCCCAGGGCUUGGCAACCCCCAGAAUGUGACCUAUUUGGUGACCUUCCGAGGCCUCCUGACCCCCAAACGGUGGCGGAAAGUAGAGAGGUGCACGGGAACCAGGGCACUGCUGUGUCCCCUGAUGUGCCUGAAGAGGCAGGACCUGUACAACAAGUUCAAGGGACGUGUACAGGCUGUGUCUGCCAAUGCCAAGUCUCCAAAAGUCGAGUCCAAGUACCUGGACUACCUGUUCGAAGUGGAGCUGGCUCCACCCACCCUUGUGUUCACUCGGAUUGAGAAGAUCCUGUUUGUCAAUGCCACCUACCAGCUGCCCCCCUGCAUGCCCCCCGUUGACCUGAAGUAUGAGGUGGAAUUCUGGGCAGAGGGCACCAUAAACAAGACCCUGUUCCCUGCCACCCUCUAUGGCCAGCCAGUCCAUAUCCCUCUGAAGCCUACCUCUGGCAGACGCCACUGCCUCAGGGCCAGAACCAUCUACACCACCAGUUCCAAGUACAGCCGCUUCUCUGAGACCCGCUGCCUCCUCCCGGAAGCCGCCGGGGUCGGCUGGGCAGUCCUGGGGCUGCCCUCACUCCUGCCUCUGCUGCUGCUAGUUGCCAUCGGGGGUAUGAUCUGGAGGAACGUCAAGGGGAACCCCUGGUUUAAGCAGGCGAGGAUGCCUAUGGCCCUGGACUUCUUGCGAUACAGACCCCCUGUGGUAACCUAUCAGCCCAGUGAAGCAGAGUCGCUGGAUGACUUAAUCCUCUGUCCCCCAAAGGAGCAGCUCAGGAGAGCCAAGCUGGCCCCUCCAGUCACAGCCCCCCACACCAGACAGGCAGGCUCAGGAGACAGCUCUGAGGCCGAGGACACGGACGACAGUGACAGCUUCCAUGCCUACCUUUCCUCACCGCUCUUCCUGGCCCAGAAGCUCCAGCCAGCAGGACCCUCAGUGGGGACCCGGACACCCCCAGCCCCAGGAUCUCCUGCCCGGGAUUCCUCACACGGGAGCAGCCCCAGCACUCGGGACUCCUCGUUCUGGGAAGAGGCUGGGUCCUCCAGCUAUCUGACCAAGAAGGAGUCAGGCCAGGGGCUGGGUGGGGACAGGCAUCAGGACUCAUCGGAGGAUUCCGGCUCCCCCAAAGAACCCCAGAAGGAUGGCCUCUCCUGGUGGGCCACCUGGGGUUCCCCAGCCCCACAGCAGAGUCUGGUUCCUGGGGAGCCCCCGGUUUCUCUUCAGACAUUCACCUUCUGCUGGGACAGUGGCUCCGAGAUGGAAGAAGAGUGGGAAGAGGAGGAGGAAGAGGAGAGUGAGAGGGGAUCAGAACCUGAAGACGGCAGCAUGGAGGCCGAGCGCCUGCAGAGAGCCCAGCUCAAGAGAGGGGUGCCGGGGCAUUACCUGGCCAGGUGAGCUAGCCAUGGCCUCCCACCUGAUCUGGUGCUGCUGCCACACACACAGCCAUACCCUCCACCGAGGCCUCAGAGGGUUUGUACAGCUCCCUGGCAUUCUGCCUGGAGGCUGCAGAGCAGGAAGAUGCCACUGGUUCCUGGGCUGAGCAGGAAGAUGCCACUGGUUCCUGUGGCCAGUCCAUCCCCUUAGAAGCUGCAAGAAAGCUGUAGGUACGGAUGGGCCCAAGUCAGCCCAGUGUCCCCAUGGUGACAGGUGAGGUCGGGCUCCUGGGAGGAGCUCCCACAGGGGGCAUAUCUGGGGCGGCAGGGCCUCAUCUUCCUACUGAGCUCUCCGCCUCCCGGCUGAGUGAUUACAGACAGGCCCCCAGAGUUGGAAGACAGGAUAGAAAGCACUGUUUUUAAUACCAGACAAACCUAGGUUCAGACCCCAGCUCGGCUAUUUCCCCUUCCUCGUUCUGUCGCUGUUUUGGUGCCUGCAGCUGCUGUGAGCGUCUUGGGUGUGAGCAGCACAGGCCUGCUGUGUCAGUGGGGCUGUCUGUGCGGUGGCUGGCAAGAUCCCCCAUCCAUCCAUACCCCACCUGCGACCCCUAAACCCGGAGUGGCUGAAAGCCCCCCCCCCCACUUUGCUUCCGCCCACCCACAGUGGGCUGAGCUGGGAAGCCAGAGUCCCAACAAGGACAGCUUGGCCCCUCUCCUCCCACCCCCAUGGGGCCCACCCCUCAAGGGGCUCACUUACUGAUCCCCACAGGAUCAGACUGCCGGGUCUGGGCUCCCUUUUGCAUGGCACCUGGGGGUGCUUUGUUGAUGGUUGAGCAGUCUUUGGGGAGAGGUGACUGCUUUGCUCAGAGCGCAGUGACUCACUCUCGGCCUCUACUGGCUUGCUUGGCUGCACAGUAGCAGAGCUGAGCUGUCACCCUCAGGCCUGAGGAUUUUGUCCUGAACAGUUGUAGCUCUGGGGCCUGGGCCCUACCCUUUACCCUGCCAGGACUUUGCUCUGCUAUGCAGAAAAUAAAAAAGGAUCUUUACAGCCAUUUCCCUCUAAUAGUGUAGUUUUGAGGCUGAGCAGACAGCAAGACCCAAUGCCUGUGGAGAAGUUUCUUAAGGAUAUUUGGUCCAAAAGUCCUCCAAUCUGUUCCCAAAGGCCUCCCGUUUUGGUUGUGGGGUUGGGGCAAGGGGCAUAGAGCCCUACCCCCCUCAGUCAGAGCCGCCUCACCCCAGCCUGCUCCAUGCUCAGGGCCUUGCAGGUAAGAUGCAUUCCACUGCUAAAGAAGAAGCUAGCAGACUGCUUUAGUACUUGAAUACCUGGCUCUUUUGUUUCAAGCAAAGAGGUUGAGGUCCAGAGUGACAAAGCCCUUCUCAAGUCCACCCAGCAACACUGCCUUACUAUGUGUCCCCAAGGGUGCAGUUUGACCUCUGCUCAGCCAGGCCAACUCCUCCUGACCCUCUGGCCUCAUCAACAAAGUCUGUAGGUGUCACCCAGGAUUUCCAAGGGUCACUAAACUGGCAUGUGGUCUUAACCACUACAUCUGGAGUGCAUGCUCACACAUGUACAGGUAUACACACUUCAUGCACACAGGCAUGCGCAAUAUAAUAAUGUAUGCCCUGACUGCUGAGCCCAGAGGAAGAAGAGCAAAGGGGGAAAAUGUGGCUGAGGAAGAAGAGGGCUGUGGCUCAGGGGUAGCUCUGGAAAAUGUCCCCAAGCCCAUUGUCCUUUCUAAGACCCAACCAAGCUGCUUGGGAAGGUGCUUUCUAAAUGAAAAGUCACGGCUCUUGAUUGCCACCCUGUUGUCUCGGGACUGAAUACUCACUUCCUUUCUAGUCUCUGCCUUAUUAUUUUAAAAGUAUUUUUUUGUACAAACUUUUUCUACUCUGAGCUUUUUAGCAAUUUUUAGUAAUUCUAUUUUUUUAAAGUGUGAAGUAUGAGGGAAAAGGCCUGAAAAUCAAUCCAGUCUUUGCUCUUGUUAUACCAGUGUUUACAAAGCCUUCUCCAUCUGCAGUGACUGGAA